AUGCUCUCAUUCACACAUAUCCUCGUCCUUCCGUGUGUGUUGGCACUAUCCAAUGUUUUUGUAUUAGCCGCAGAAACCAUCCAUCGCCGCGAAUACUUCUAUGUGGGCGGCACGUACGAGAGCAAUGGCCACGGCGAACACAUCUUCAAGAACCAGAUGUACGUUGAACACCUACGCCCUAUCAACGGAGUGCGUAAAGAAAACCCCAUAGUGUUUGUCCACGGUCAAGGUCAGACAGGAACAAAUUGGCUCAAUAAGCCAGAUGGCAAGCGAGGGUGGGCUUCGUACUUCCUUGAGCAGGGCUACGAAUGCUAUAUAAUCGAUCAAACAUUUCGUGGUCGAAGUGCCUGGUUUCCAGGGAAUGGGACAAUGGACAUGCUCAGUGCAGAAAGGCUGGAGACAUAUUUUACGGCAACCCGACGGCAUGAGCUAUGGCCACAAGCAAAGCUCCAUACGCAAUGGCCUGGAUCUGGCCUCAUGGGUGACCGUAUCUUUGACGCUUACUACGCGUCAACGGUUCAGUUCCUCGCAGAUGAACUCUACCAACAGGCCGCCAUUCGAAACGCAGCUGCGGCCCUGCUAGAUAGGAUCGGACGGCCUGUUGUUGUCAUUGCACAUUCCCAGGGGGGAACUCUAGGAUGGUUCUUCGCUGAUACACGGCCUGACCUAGUCGCAUCACUUAUAUCCAUGGAGCCUGGAGGGCCCCCUUUCGAAUCCAAACUUGUCGGUUCCGGACCCGCUAGAAAGUACGGGUUAACGGAUGUCCCUAUCACAUAUUUCCCUCGAGUUGUGGAUCCAGAUAUCGAUUUAGUCAAGCAAACCAUCCGCGAUAACCAGACCGGAGUCAGCUGCAUAAUUCAGGCCGAGUCGCCAGCCCCACGAAAGUUAGCGAACCUCGCAAACGUUCCGAUCUUGCUGGUUACGUCCGAAUCUGGCUAUCAUGCGGUGUAUGACUGGUGUACGGCCAAAUAUUUGGAGCAAGCCGGGGUCCACGUGAGACAUUUGCAGCUCGGGGAGGCUGGAAUUCAUGGCAAUGGACACAUGAUGUUCCUUGAGUCAAACAGCGAUGUCGUAGCUAAGGCGCUACAGGAGUGGAUGGAAGGGCAUGGCAGAUUGCUAAAGCAGUGCGCGGGAGCAAAAUCCGAGGUUGUGCCAUGGGCUGAUGGCCAGUGUUGA